AUGAUCUCGCACGGGAAAAUCAAGUGCGUCGGCUCGCCGACGUUUCUCACGAAGCUGUUCGGUCUAGGCUACCGCCUUCACGUGACGUUUAAGCAGCAGCCGACGGGGGUGUCGCGCCGUGAGGGCGAGGGCGAUCCCGGGCUGGCGGUGCUCGCGAAAGUGAGAGAGCGGUGCCCGAAAGCGACGACGAUCACCUCGAUCGCGGCGUCGAACCGCACGGACAUCUCGCAGGAGGUAACGUCUUCGUCGUUGCCGUUAUCCUCGCGCCAUGGAGAGGGCGGCGGCGGCGCGAGAGACGACGCGACGACGACGAUUUCCCUCGUCGGCGAGGACGUCCCGCUCGGGAAGAUUCUCACGGACUUGACGUCCGCCGCGGACGCGUUACACAUCGCGGACGCCGCGCUCGAGGCGACGUCGUUGGACGAAGUCUUCACGAAGCUCGGGCAGGAGGCGGAGGAGGAGUCCGAGACGCUCUUACCGCUCGACGCGGGCGUCCUCGCGUUCGGGGACGACUCCCUGACGCGAGGACUCCUCGGGCUCGGGCUCGGCGGCGGCGACGGCGACGACGACGAAGGCGGCGGAUCUUCCAGCGCGGUCGAGCUCCACCGCGCGCGCGUCGGGCGCAAGCGAGGCAACGCCGCGUUCGCGCGCGACACCGCGGCGAUCGCGUCGCUGCGAUUGAAAGAGUACGCGCGCACGCCGUGGAGCACGUGCGCGUUGUUUCUUCUCCCCGCCGUCGUCGCGUUGCUCCUGUUGUCGAUUCAAACCGCGGUGCGGAACGCGAGGCCGGAGCACCGAGUCUCGACGUACGCGCGGUGGGUCCCCGCCGCGUCCGGGUCCGCGGCGGCGGACGACGACGCGACGCGCGUGUCGUACAGCGUGUCCGACACUGUCGGACAUGACGCCGCGUCCGACGCGGCGGCGGUGAUGACCGCCGCGCUCGGGUCGUCCGAGGCGGCGAACCUCGCGGCGACGACCGGCGCGCUCGCGAGCGUCGUCGCGAACCCCGGCGCGAACGCCCUCCACGUGUCGUUCACGGAAGUGAACCUCGCCGCGUGCGUCGUGCGAGCGACGGUGACGUACGAUCCGCUCGCGGACGUCCACGUCCUUCCGAGGACGGUGUCGAACUUGUACACCUCCGCGAUUCGCGCCGUCGCGGCGAACAAGACGGCCGCCGGCGCCGCGAGCGCCGCGAAUGUGACCGCUGUCGCGGCGCACUUACCGUACGAGACGCCGUUCGGGAGCGCAUGGAGCUACCUCGCGUCGAUGGCUGUCCCGGUCGCGUUGCUGUACGUCCCCGUGCGCGUCGCGGCGACGGCGACGAACGAACGCGUGAGCUCGCACAGGUUGACGUUGACGCUCUCGGGACUCUCUCCCGCGGCGUACUGGACCGGCGGUCUGCUCGUCGACCUGGCGCUCUCCGUCGCGUCGAUAUUCCUCGUCGCGCUGUGCGGGACGUCCGUGGGCGUCGCGCCGUGGGACGACGCCGCCGCGCCCGCGGCGUUGUGCGUCCUUUUGAGCGCGUUUCCGUCGCUCAUCUUGUGCGCCUACGCGAUGUCCUUUUCGUUCGAAGACGCCUUCAACGCCUCGCACGCGAUGACGACCGGGUUCCAAGUCCUGUCCCUGUUCGCGGUGCUCAUACUCCUCCCGCUCGACGGCGAGGACGAGAGCACGUCGCACUAUCACCUCAUCGUCAGCGCGGUUUUCCCGCCGUACGCUCUGUUGGGCGGCUCGCACUUGGUGUGCUGGAAAGCGCUCUCGGACGACAACGGCCCGAGGGAGCCGCGCGCGUCGGGCGCGUUCUAUUUCCACACUGGUUCCCAUACGACCGCGUUCGUGCGGUGCACGCCGAUCCUUAAUAAUGAGUUUCUUCUUUGCCCGGCGAUCGUCUCUCUUCGCCCACCCCUCGGUUUCAAUCAAUCCCGACACACCGCGACGCCUUUCGACUCCGCUUCUGACGCCUUUCUUUGA